AUGAGAAAAACGGGUGAAUACAAAGAGAUACCAGUAGCCAAGGGGUCUAUCCCGUAUUUUGGGCACUCGCGUUCCUAUUUGUACACGUCUAUGUUUGAUAUCCCGGCCAUUUUGAUGGCUCAGAGAAACAAAGACCUGGGGCCCAUUGUUCGUUAUAAUAUGGGAUCACAACCAUGGCUCAUUAUUUCGGAUGCUGACAUGGCCCAUGAACUAUUGAAUACGCAUGGCGUGGCAACAUCGCAUCGUGCUAACCAUACCUAUGGGAAUGCAUUUGAUGUGGCACAAUACGGCAUCACCUUUCAUGAUCCAGUUGGUAGCCGUUGGAAAAGAAUGAGGGCUGUUCUCAGCCAAUUUGUAGCACCAAAGCAACUAAGUAUCCAUGACGACAUCCUCCACAAGGAAGCCGACUACGCUGUGAAGCGUCUUUUGUCAUCAUCCAAUGGGCCACCUACUGCAGUUUUCAAUUCAUUGCACCAAUCAACAUUGAACGCUACACUCAUGCUCGGUUUCAACUAUCGUAUUGAAGACCCUGAGGAUCCAUUCCUUGCAAAGAUAUUCGAUUUGAUUACAAUAAGCAUAGACAGCAAUGAACAUUUGUACGACCGUCGUGCAUUCUUUCCAAUCACUAUGGCCCUGGUUGACUGGUGGAAGCAAACAUACAAGAAACUUGUUCGUGUUGGAACCGAGUUACGGCCUAUGGUAUUACAAAAACUUGCUCGCCAUGGAUUCGACAGCGAUAGGGAAUGUCUUUUUAAGGUCGUUGAUGCGAUACGAGAUGGCAAGGAUAUUGAUGAUGAAGCUGUGCGCAGCUUAUGUUUUGAGCUGGUUGCCGCGGGAACGGGUACUACGGCUGCAGCCAUGACGUGGAUCUUGGUUAUCCUUUGCAAUCAACCUAACGACCAAGAAAGGAUACAAGCCGAAAUUGAUGCUUUUAUCAAGACCCAUGGUCGUAUCCCGGUAUUCAACGAUCGUGAACAAUUACCAUUGUUCAUGUCAGCCAUCAAGGAAUGCUUACGUCUUCGUCCCAUUGCGCCGCUUGCCUUGGCACGUCAAACAUCCGAAGAUGUCGUUUGUCGAGGCUAUUUCAUUCCCAAAGGUACCAUUCUUCGCCCAAACAUUUAUGCCAUGAACCACAAUCCCGAGGUCUAUCCUAAUCCCGAUCGAUUUGUGAUCGAUCGCUUUUUGGAUGAACCCCGAACUAUGUGGACCUUAAGCAAAGCCAAAGCACAAGAGCGUGAUCAAUUUACGUUUGGGUUUGGCAGACGCAUAUGCCCUGGUAUCAAUUUGGCUGAGAACGAGAUUUUCAAUGUCUUGGUGCGCUUAUUGGCUCAAGCAAGCAUUAAGCCUGUUCUCGACAAGGACAACAAACCAACCUACCCAAGCAUUAAUGGCUUCAUCAAUGCUGGUACAGUUAUGGUUCCUGCCCAGGAUACAAUGCAGUUUGUCAAACGUGAUAAUCCCUUGAACCUUUAA